GAAUAUUGGAUGUAUAGAGAAUUUGUUAGUUUUAUUAAAGAAAUGGCCGUCGUUGAAGCAAAUGAGAAAAUGGUCAUCAAUGACCAAGACGAUGAUCUAGUGAAAAAACCAAAUCCAGCCAUACUUACAAUAUUAGAUCCGUUGCAUCGAUCACUGUUGAACAACAAUCUCCAAUAUGAAGAAGCAGGCGCACGAAGUAACGAGACUCCAGUUGUGGAAAACGAUUCGGAUGAAUAUUAUUCGGCUCAAUCGGUAAUCGUAUCAACUUACAGUGAUGCAUUGGCAACGUCAAAUAAAUUAUUUAACACAAAUCGGAUUGACAACGAUGUUAUAGGGCAGAAUCAACUCCAUGUCGAACAACGAAAUGCAACCAAUUUUCAAAAUAAUUCAAAUGAUACGUUUGACAGUCGUAAUCGUUUGACGGAGAAAAACAGACAAGCAAAAAGUUUCGAUAAUUCAAAACAGACCGCCCAACACUUGAAUGUGUUAGAUACAAAAAACAGAUGUGACACGCUUUAUCAAGCAAAUAGUUCAAACGGCACACAACAUCGACACCAGCAGCAGCAACAACAUCGUCGUCUGGGUAACGCUGCAGUUUGGAGUAAAUCGCAUGAGCAAAUAACACACAAAUUAAGUCGACGAAGCGCACGCAACAGUUUAGAGAACAAAGCACCAUUGUCCAGUUAUUGUAAUCAACAUCAACAGCAUCAUCGAACGAACGACGAACAUUAUCCGGUGAUCAAUUCAAAACGAGGCGGCCUGUGCAAACGUUUCCAACCGUCCGACUACAGUGAUUCGAGCGAUGUGAAUAGUGAAACGAAUUUGGUCAUUGAAAAUAUGCGCAACCGUGAAUGCGAAAUGUAUCGCAAGAUAUCGUUCAAUAACGGUUAUUUUGACCCAACGGACAGCAGCAGCAGCGGUGGCUACAUGCAUUGCGGAAAAAAUAAUGCAAACAGUGUUGACACAACAUCGAAUCAUAACAGAUGCAAAAAGUGUGCGUGCAAAACAAACGAUUUGACGGCAAAAAAAUCACCAAAAUUAGCGACAAAACGGAAAUGUCGAUCGUUUCCACUCACCGAAAAUCGACAUAAUCAACAAAAAAGUGAAGAAAACGAACAAAAUAUCAUAGACAAUCAAAUUGAAUCAACUAGAUUGAAUUGUGCACGCACAUUGAAUAGCAAUGGCAUUCAAAUGCGCGCCAGUGAAACCGCAACAAAUACAUAUCAAACAAAUUCACGUAAAAUAACAAUAACCAUUAGAACACAAAAUGUGACCGGCGAACAUGAAAUUAAUGCAAAUCAACAACAUCAACGUGCCCAACCAAAUGCCAUCGAAAACUAUUUGACAAAAACGUGUGAGACGAGUGAAGAAAGUGACACAAGCGUCAGUGAUUAUGCGACAUUAGGCAGUGAAAGUGGUGUAAAUGCAAAUGUUAAACAAACACACGAAUGUAACAAUGAAAAUGAUUUUGAUGUUGAAUCAACUAACAAUGAGUCGAACACAAGAAGUAGCAGUGAUGAUGAUGAUGAUGACGACGAUGAUAAUAAUAGUUUCUUUUCAAUAAAAAGUGACAUUGAAUAUCAGUCUGAAACGAGUCAAUAUUUUAAUUGUGCCAGUUUUACCGAUUUAAAUUCCGAAACGAUGUAUUAUCCGGCGGAAAAGAUUCGUGUGUCACGAAAAUCAAACGAUUUUUCUAAUGAAAACUAUGACUCGACCUAUGCACAAAGUCAAUCAAGUGAAUUAAAACAAGUCCAAACGAAAAUGGUUAAACGUACACACACCAAAAAUCAAAAGCAAAAUAAAAAUGUGGCAACGAAAAAGUGUGCAUCACCAAUGAUAUGCAUCGAACAGGAAUUGAGUGAAAAACGAAUUGUCACAUCGAAAAUCGAAGUAGACAAGGAAAAGAUUAAAGAAUUUAAACGUCGACAAAAGAAACGAUCUCAGCCAAAAAUUAUCAUCGAUAAUACAUUUUCCGAGGAGAUUUUCAACGAAACAUUAAAUCGAUCGGCAGAAAUGUGCUGUGAUAAAAAUGUCAUCGACAACAUUGUUUCGUCAUUGGAGGCGACCAAAACAUGUGAAACAUCCAUAAAACACACGAAAAAUGAACAAAAUGUUCGCAAUAAAUUUCUGAGCGAUGAUUUUGUAUUCGAUAAAUUACAGUCUAGUCCAACAUAUACAGGAAAAUCGAUUCGUCGUUUGCUUGAGCAUCGCAUCGAACAAAAAUCAAUUACAAGUGUACGACGAACACUACUGCAAAAUGUGGCCUAUGCAAUUACGGAAAAGGAGAAACUACAAAAGCUUGAAAAGAAACGUUCAAUUGAAUUGGCACCAAUUAAACCGCCACGAUGUUUUACAGCCUCAUCAUCAUCGUCACCAUUAUCGAAACAAAGUUUCGAAUCAUCGGCUACCGUACCGAUUUCCGAAUUAAAUCGCCAUGAACAAGUUAUGGGUUUUGUUAUUCCAUCAAAUUACAACGGUGAACCGAAAUAUGAUCAUGUCGGCGAAGAGUCAUCAAUUCAAUUUGGAUGGAUUCGACCGGGCAGCAAUGUUGAUAACAAUGAUCCGCCGUCAUCACGCUAUGUUACAGCCGAUCAAUUUAGCAGUUCGACACAAUACACCGUUCCGCCAAUGAGUGCAGUGCAAAAUAUUGGAUUUUCUAUUCCAAAGGAAGACAUCGAUACUGUGGACAGUUCAAAUCGAUCGACCAAAGAUUUUGAACGAUUUUCAUCAAUACUUACCGAAAAUCGUCAAAAUAAUUUAAGCACACCAAUCAAAGAGCUGGUAACAAAUGAUACGCAAUAUGAAAGUGUGAAGGAGAUUCCGGUCACUGCUGUUCGUGCAAGCGACCAACCAACAGAAACAAUAUGCAAAAAUUGUAAUUGCAAAGUGAAAAAAGAGAAACAUACAACGCUCGGCAAAACUGGAAAACGUAUUGGAAAAGCGGCAUUAAAACGAACUAAAACACUGAUUGGAACAUCAAAAAGGCUGUUGAAAAAACCAUCGAUAAAAGAAGCGCCAGCAAAGAGCGAUGCAAAAAAAGUGAAUGCAAAUGUUGACGUAUUUUCAACGCCACUUAAAGAUGGUGAUAAUACGGUAUGUAAUAAUCGCGAUACAAUUGCUCAGGAAGAAUAUAAAAAACGUGUGAAUAAAUCGUUGAAUUUGACACCAAAAGAAUUCAACCAAAAUGUGGUUGCAUUAAAACCGAGCCCAAAUAGAAAUGCAGAAAUUUCGAAUAUUCGUCUGUUGAAAGAUGCACCAAAGUCAAUGGACGAUUCUGAACAAUAUGCAACGCCAGACGAAGCAUUCGAUUUUGAUCGUGUGGUCAAUUUACCAGUGCCACCGCCAGAUCAAGAGAAAGCAAUAAAACGAUCUCCAUCGAAAAUGAUUUUAAAAUUGGCCAAAUCAUCAAAAUGGCUCUUUCAAAUGAAGGGACGCGACAAACGGCCAUCGGAUGUUGAUGAAUCAACGCAUUACUAUAAAGCAAAUGAUUAUGAUGAAUUUGAUAAUAAAGUAUUAUUAAUGGGUGAAAUGUUGUCCGAAAUGCGCAAACAAAUUGAAAAUGGGCAUGGUAGCGAGAGUAAUAUUGAUGAAAUUGCAUCGGAACGGCCAUCAUCAUCGGCAAAAAAAUGUCUAUUUCGAAAUAGAAAUGUUUCGACAAGUAGCGGUGAUAUUUUAGAUCAAGAUUCAUUAAUUGAACAAAUAGCAACAAUUGAUUUACAUAAUGAACCUGAGCCGGAACCAUUGUAUGCUGAAAUCGUGCCGAUACGAUCACCAAAGGGCCAAGACACAUUAUAUCACAGUUGUCAACCGGAGGAUGAUGUUAAUGCGAUUCGCAGUUGUCCAUCGGCGUCGACGGCAUCGGUACAAUUGAAAGAAGUGUACAUAAGUGAUCGUGGCGACUCACAGCCCAGCAAAUACAUUAUGGUAAAUAACAAUCCGAAAAUAUUAUAUGCAACAGUAAAUCGUGGUUCGAUGCAAACACGAAGCUUAGAAACGAUUGAAUCACGCACCGAAGAACAGAGUGAAGAUCAAGUUGACGGUGAUACAGCUGAUCGAGAUAGUUUUAAAUUAAGUUCAAGUUACGAAUCGCUUGACAUGAGUUUGAUAAAUGACUUUGCAACAGCUGUUCAAACCGAAUUGGAUCAAUGCCAAUUUAAAAUGAAUGAAAUGUUUACAACGGCAACCAGUGAAGAACCAUAUCAAACUGGUUGUGAUGAAGUCGACGCACUCAAACCUGAUCGCAAAUCGAAUUCGGGCUCCGAAUCAAUAGCAACAAGCGGAUGCUCAUCGUUUUAUCGACGUAAUAAAAACAUUGUAACAAAUCCACCGCGAAAAACAUUGAGUGACUUUGUGGAUACACUUUCAUUUGACACAGUCGGCACUGGUUCAUAUUGUGAAAGUUUAAGUCGAGGUAAUGACUUGAACAGCGAAAUCAAGGAUACAAUCACUAGUUUAGAGUAUAUGCCAAGCGAAAUGGGCGACUCAACUGAUUUGUCACAUGAUUACGUCACAAAUGCAGCAUUUCGAAGCUGUGCUACUGACAUGAAUUCUUCAAAAGACUCAGCCAAGUUUAUUUCCUUCAACCGACCGGAAUGUGAUUCAAUUGACUCAUCAUCGCCAGGUUCAUCACUUUAUCGAACAUUCAGUAAAACAAAUUCGCCAUCGAAAAAACUGCUAAAAAUGUCACCCAGUUUGAAGGCCAUCAAAACCAAAUUUCGCAAUUCAUUUCGAAUGGAUAGUAAAAAGCCAAUUAAAAACGAUUGCAGCUUUGUAACCGAUGGAAUCGGAUCGGACGAAUCGAGCGAUGUUAAGUCAUUUGCAUCAUCGUCGAGCGGCGGCUCAAGUGCUGAUUUACAACGGAAACACUUAUUUGAAUCGAUUUGUAGUCGACUAGAAACGAUGCCAAGCGACAGUUUGGCAAAUGCAAUUCAAAUGAAAACUUUGAUUGAUCGAAUACGUCAACAACAAGAAAUGCGGAAAUCUAUUCAAAAUGCACUGGAAGUGUGCCGAACAAACAGUGAAUUUCAUAAUUCACGUGAAUUAGUUGAAGCUGAACAGUUGAUGUUGAUGUCAAGUUUAAAAGAAUGCACAGCACUGGAAAAAUUGAUUACACUAUGGCAAUGUGAUGGCGAAACAAAUGAAACUGUAAAUGAACUGGGUGAAGGUGUAUUGACUGUCAAAUAUUUAGAAUUUGAAUUGAAGGUUGACUCAAUUUAUGAUACACAUUUCAAUUAUUUCUACAUUUGUGCUUGUUCCUAUCGUGAUCAAGUGGAAUUUACCGACGCCAAAGAACGCACCGACAACCGAAUUGUGUUCAACAAUUUGAAAAUGCAAUUCCAUGGAUUGUCGGCCGAUUUUGAAAUUCGCGUUGAAAUCUAUGCACUGCGUCUCAGGAAAAAUGCAAAUAGUGAAAAGAGCUCGGAGCCUUUUAUACCAAAAGUCGAUUCAUCACGUUUUCGUUUACACGGUAAAACGCUAUUAACAUCAUCAAAUCUGUCGCGAAAGCACGUCUCAUCAUCAUAUCAUUCGCCACGAAAAUUACAACGUAAUUCAAAUGGAAAAUACGUGUACACUUCAUACGGUCUCAUUUCACCAGCCAUCAUUUUGUGCGGUCAGGGGAACACUUUAUGCGAUUCACUGAAAAUUGGCUAUCAGGAGCAACUUAAUUUCCAUGAUUCCAGUGCGAACGGGUUUUUGAACAUUGCCGAUGCAAAACAGAAAUGGGAUCGUUUAUGGUGUCGCAUUGAUGGAUUUUCCAUGAAUUUUUGGAAUUAUCCACAGGAUGUGAACGAUACGCAAUCGCCAAUUUUAACGCUGAAUCUGGACCAGUGCAACUAUCGCACGAAAUCAUUGCUUGUUGAUCGAGAAAUUUGCCCACGGCCACGAACUUUUAAAAUCGAUUUAGUGCAUGCUGGUGAUCCGGAAAAACGUGAUCGCAACCGUUGUAUUCAACCAUAUUUCAUUUCGGCGGAAAGCCAACUGGAACUAGAACUUUGGUUGAGCGAAAUUCAAAAAAUAUUCGAAAUGAUCACAAACUGGAAUAUUUAGAAUGGGCAAUUGCCAUUAAGUAUUUAAAAAAAAUUAAGUAGAAAAUCUGUGCCGACCAAACACAAAUUCCAGUUAAAUUAAUAGCUAUUUUCAAUGUUUUUGAGUAAAUUAAAUGUAUUAAUA